AUGAAGCGCUUCUUCUCCUGCUCCAGCUCACAGGUGGCGGUGGAGAGAUGGAACCGCCGUGAUCAGAAGCUGCUGGAGGCGGUGCAGCGGGGGGAUGUGGGGCGCGUGGCGGCCCUGGCCUCGAGGAAGUUGGCCCGACCCACCAAGCUGAACUCAAACGGCCAGUCCCCGUUCCAUUUGGCAGCCUCCAAAGGCCUGACAGAAUGUCUAACUAUACUGCUGGCAAACGGGGCUGACAUCAACAGCAAGAAUGAGGACGGAAGCACUGCCCUGCACCUGGCCACCAUCUCUUGCCAGCCACAAUGUGUCAAAGUCCUGCUGCAGCAUGGCGCCAAUGAAGAUGCUGUGGAUGCAGAAAAUCGUAGUCCGUUGCACUGGGCAGCCUCCUCUGCCUGUGCCUCAAGUGUGCUCCUGCUGUGUGACCAUGAAGCCUUCCUGGAUGUCCUAGAUAACGACGGACGGACACCCCUGAUGAUUGCCUCGCUGGGUGGUCACACAGCUAUCUGCUCACAGCUACUGCAGAGAGGUGCCCGAGUUAAUGUCACAGACAAGGACGACAAAUCGGCUCUGAUCCUGGCCUGUGAGAAAGGCAGCGCGGAGGUGGCCGAACUGCUCCUGAGCCACGGAGCGGAUGCAGGGGCAGCGGACAGCAUGGGGCACGACGCUCUGCAUUAUGCUCUCCGCACACAAGACGGGGUGCUGUGCCGGCUACUGCGGCAGGCUCUGAACCGGCGGGGGCAGCGGGGAGGUCAGGGGCUUGUUCAACAUCCAGAUCUUGCCUCCCAGGCCUCUCCAGCUGAGCCUCGGGUGGGUUCUCCACCUAAGAGCCCGGGGAGAGCUGAGCCCCAGGAGGAGGAGGAGGAAGAGGAAGAGGAAGACCCAUGCUCAGAUGAGUGGAAGUGGAGGUAUGAAGAGGAGCAGAGGAAGGUUUCUCAGUUGGAGCAGGAGCUGGUACGAAAGACUGAAGAGGCGAAGUCUCAAGCCGCAGCCUACCUGGGCCUGGAGAACCAGAUCCGAGAGCAGGUGCAGGAGCUGUGGCUCCUCCUGUCUCAAGAGCCUGGAGCUCCGGGAGGGCAGGGCUCUAGGGCCCGGCUCGGGGGAGACGGCAUGGAGCAGGGCUGUCCCCUGGGCCUGCUGGCCGAGCGCAUUCAAGAGCUAAGGAAGCAGCAGUGGGCAGCCAGGCUGGUAUCAGAGUCUAAGAAGGCUGAGGAUUCAGUCUCACGGGCGACUCAGCAUGAAGGCCGUGGAAGGUUCCAGCCAGAAGACCAAGAGGCACCCCAGAGCCCAAGGUGUGAGACCGCUGGGAGAGCCACAGGACAGCCGCUGAGCAGCAGCGGGGGACAGGCCCCAGGGCCUGAGCAUACUGACAAGCCACCAGCCGGUCAGAAAGAGAGGCCCCAGGCGCCAGGGGCUGACCCGAUGGGAGCAGUGGCUGAGCCGGGGGCAGCCACAACCGGGCUCCUGCUACAACUGAGUGAGGAGCUGGCUGCCGUGUGGCGAGAAAAGGAUGCUGCCUGGGGGGCUUUGUCCAGACCCGUCCUGGAGGGGGCUCUGGGGACGCCGCGGGCUGAGGCGGCAGCAGCUGCCUGGGAGAAGAUGGAGGCCAGGCUGGAGCAGGUGCUGGUGAGGCUGGAUCGGGCAAAGGCAGGAUUACAGGCCCCUGCCCAGGAGCCCCGACAGGGAGCCCCAAAGGCAGGCCCAGCGACCAUCCCCAGAGAGAAUGAAGGGAGAGAGAAGAGGGCUCCUGGGGCCCGCGGAGAGCCUCUGGGGGCCCCUGGAGGGGAACGGAUGCCCGGAGGAGGUCCGGCAAAGGGACAGCUGGAGAAGGAGGUCGCAGCCCUGAGGCGGAGCAACGGUAACUUGCUGGAGGAGCUGGGAGAGCUGGGGCAGGAGAGGCAGCGGUUGCAGGGGGAGCUGCAGUCCCUGAGCCAGCGGCUACAGCGGGAUUUCGUUCCCAAGCCAGAGGCGCAGGUCCAGCUGCAGCAGCUGCGGCGGAGUGUGGGGCUGCUGAUGGAUGAGCUGGCCAUGGAGAAGGAGGCCACCGAGAAGCUGCGGAAGCGCCUGGCCUCCCAGAGCAGUGGCCUCCAAGGGCUGUGGGACUCCCUGCCGCCAGACCUGGUGGGCAAGGCGGGCGCGGGGCGCGCGGCGGCGGAGCGCCUGGAGGAGCUGCAGGCCGGCAUCGGCGCCCUGGUGGAGCGGCACCGCGAGGCCCGGAAGGCGCUGGCUCGCCUGGAGGAGGAGAACCAGCAGCUGCGGGGGCCCCCCGCCCCACGCGGGCAGCCGGGCACCUUGUCGGAGGCCCCAGCACCCCCCCAGGUGGCCGCUCUGGAGCAAGACCUGGGGAAGCUGGAGGAAGAGCUGCGGGCCGUCCAGGCCACGAUGAGCGGGAAGAGCCAGGAGAUCGCGAAGCUGAAGCAGCUGCUCUACCAGGCCACCGAGGAAGUGGCCGAGCUGCGCGCCCGGGAGGCGGCCGGCCUGCGGCAGCACGAGAAAACUCGGGGCUCGCUGGUGGCCCAGGCCCAGGCUUGGGGCCAGGAGCUGAAGGCUCUGCUGGAGAAGUACAACGCGGCGUGCCGGGAGAUGGGGGGGCUGCGCGAGGCCGUGGCUGAGGAGCGCCGCCGCAGCGGGGACCUGGCGGCGCGCGCGGCCGAGCAGGAGCGCCAGGCCGCCGAGAUGCGCGCGCGCUCCCAGCAGUUUGAGAAGACCGCCGAGCAGUUCAAAGACAAGGUGGACCACCUCAUCGCGGCUUGCCGAGACAAAGAGGCCAAGAUCAAGGAAUUGUUGAAGAAGCUGGAGCAACUUUCAGAGGAGGUCUUAGCAGUUCGGGGAGAAAAUGCUCGCCUUGCCCUGCAGCUGCAGGAUUCCCAGAAGAACCACGAAGAGAUCAUCUCCACCUAUAGGAACCAUCUGCUGAAUGCGGCUCAGGGCUACAUGGAACAAGACGUGUACAAUAUCCUGCUGCGCAUCCUCAGCAUCCAGGCGGAGUGAGGCAGCCGGUGCCCUGAGGGACGUGCGAGUUCUCUGCGGGAGUAAGAGCGUCCCUGGUUGCCAGAGGCUCCACCAGGCUGUGGAGGAGGGCGGGGCGGUGGGGGGCAGGUGGUGGGGAUGGGGGCGUGGGGUUUCACCUGACAUUAUGGACCCCAGACCUGAGAACCUGAAGCCUGGAAUCAGCACUGAUGAGACCAGAGGAGGUGCACAUGGAGGCCAGCUCUAUGGAAAUAAAGGAGGCAGUGUGGUGUUGGGUGUCAUGGUUUUCUCUGCUUAAAGGGGAGUGAGGGAAAGA